UUGGUUGCAGAGAUGCACACACAGACACAGAGAGAGAGACUCACACAGACACACAGUCAGAGAGAGAGAGAGACUCACACACGCGCACAUAUCUUAUGAGAAGCUCUCAACACAAACCAACAUCAAGUGAGCAGCAAUCGCCAAGGCUUAUCAAUGUGCAUGGUCAUUUUUGCACCGAUUUUUGCCAUCCUCGCCUUUGCGACAUGCUGCGGCUACCACGGGGAGCUGCUCUUCCAGCUGCCGUGCGGGAACAGCUCGGAGCGCCUAGGAGAUGUCCACGUGCCCAUCCAGUACCCAUUUCGGCUGCUGGGGGUGGUGGCGCGGGUCUCCGGCUGCGUGCCCGCGGGCCUCCCCGUGCGUCUGGCGAGCGACGGCGCGACCGUGGCCAUGGACGCUGGGCGGCCGUCGGCGCUGCCGGCGGGCCUGGCCGGAGUGGUGCCGUCGGCGCGGCUGCUCGUCGCCGUGGGGGUGGUGUCGCUCCUCUACUCCCUCUGCGCCACCGUCGCCACCAUCUUCUACCAGCGCAACUACCUGCGCAACAACCGCGGCCCCAAGAUCGACGUGUCCGUGUCGCUGGCGCUCUCCCUGCUCUGGCUCCUCGCCUCGUGCCUGUGGGCCGCCAGCCUGGCUGAGCUGCGCGCCUCCCUGCAGCCGGCCCACCUCGGGGCCCUGGUGCCCGCGUGCCGCGCAGCCUCCGCCGCGGCGGCGGCGGCCGGGAGGGACCCCCCCGCGGCCGCCCCCCCCCAGCCCCUGCCGGCGGGGAUGGCCGCGGCGGCGAGGGGGGCAGGAGGAACGGGAGGCGUGGGACGCUCGCGGUGCGAGUGGAGGUCGGCGCCGACGCUCUCCUCCCUCGUGGUGGCGGCGGUGUUCGGCUUCAUCAACUGGCUGCUGUGGACGGGCAACGUGUGGUUCGUCUACAAGGAGACGGGCUGGCGCGCGCCGUCCCUGCGGCCCCUGCUGCGUCACGGCUCCGCGUUCUGCGCUUCCGAGCCGGACCUCGCCGCGUCCACCCGGAGGAGCGACCGCGGCGGCGGCGGCGGCGGCGGCGCCGCGGCAUCCUCGGCGAUCAGCGACCGCGACUUCGAGCGGGCGGCCGGCGACCACGUGCUGGUCGACCUGGGCGGGCAGCUGGGCACGAGCCCCAAGGCGCGGCUCCUGCAGCCGCAGGCGUCGUACCACGAGUACGACAACCCGUGUUACACCCACGGCGAGGACCCCCCGCUCGUCGAAGCCAGGGCGGUGGCGGCGGCGGGCCCGGCGGAACGCAAGGGCGACGCGCGGAUGAUGCUGGCCGAGGAGGUGCAGGAGGUCCUGUACCGGCGGCUGGGCGUGGCGGCUCUGCCGGCGGAGACGGUCGCGACGCUCGCCUCGCUGUCGCCCUCCUCGGUCGUCCUGUCGUUCUUCUCUACGACGUUCUGGUCGCCGCCGGCGGCGGCGGGGGGGGAGGGCGCGGGGGCGGCCGGGCCGGCGCAGGCCACCGGGCGCCCCCCACGGGCUCGGGGCGUGCGCCUCUCGACCGGACACAGCUUCUCGGCCGACGACGAAGACGAAGACGACGAGGACGACGGCGGCGACGACGGCAAAGACAUCGAUGGCACAAAGCGCCCCAAGAAGGUGUACGUGAGCAUCCCCAAGCUGGAGUGCCACGACGACGACGAUGACGACGAAGACGAAGACGCCGACGGACACGGAAGCGGCGGCAGCGGCGGCAAACGCGCCCGACCGAAGAGCGUCCACCCUAGCGCCGUCCGGAAGGUGGACGGCGCGGAGGAGGCGAGCAAACGCGACGCCGCUAUCAUCAACGACCUCAUCAAGAAGGGCUACCUCAUCGUGCAGAACGACGGCUGCGGCAAAGGUGGCGACGACGACGACGACGACGGCGCCGGAGGUCGCCCGCCCCGCCUGCGGAGGCAGCACCCCAUCGCCAAGAGGAAGUACGUGAGUGGCGGCAGUCAGAGGUCCACGCUGGGCCGCCAGAGCCUGGACGCCGGCGGCAGCAGGUUCUACUGUGACAGCAACGAUGGCGAUGGCGGCCUGGCCGACCCGCACGAAGUGCGGGCCAGGAAAAUUCACGUGAGCGUGCAGCGGCGCCGCUCGACGGGCGCGCGCAGCCUCAACGACGUCGACUAUGAGUUCGACGACGAGGGCAGCCGGGAGGUCGGCUCCUACAGGGGCGGUGCCGGGGGCGGUAUCAGCAGCGCCGAGGAGAUCAUGGUGUCCUGCGGUUGGGGCUCACGGCGCGGCGGUGGCGGCGGCUCCGUCAUCGGCGGCGGCGGCGGCGGCGUCGUGGUCGCGAAGGCGGCGCGGCCGGCGUCUCCGACGCGCAGGUCCAGCGCGACUCUUACUCGGCCGCGCUGGGCCGAGAGCCGCAGCUGUAACUCCACCGACACGCUCAGGGUGGACGCGGCCGUAUGCGCGGGCUCGUCGGGCGGGUCCAUGAGGCUCAAAAGUCCCGAGCGAGCCUGGGGUGAGCGUCGGGCAAGCUCCGUGCGUCACCACCACGCGGCGGCCGGCGCCGGGGCGGAGCGUUUCAAAAGCGAGGCCGGCGGGGACGCCAGGGGCGACGGUGGGGGCGCGCGCAGCAGGGGAAGGUCGACGGACGGGCGGGGACGAGAGGGCGGCGGCGGAGGCGGCGGCGGUGUCGAUAGGGGACGGUCGAUGGACGGGAGGAGGAAAAACAGCGGCGACGUCGUCGUCGACAGGGGGAGAUCGAUGGACGGCCGCGGUAAAGAAGUCAGCGGUUGCAACGAAGGCAGGGGCAGUGACCAACUUGGCAACCGGCUAAACUUGAACAGGACGAGUGACUACAUGUUCGAGAGACGCAACAGCACGAGCAGGAUCCCAGCACGCAGCGGGAGCAGGAACCUGAUCGUGACGAACGGCGGCGGUGGCGGCGGGCUGCGGAACACCGCGUCUAGCGGCUAUGCCACGUGGGCCACAGCGGGCACGGCCGCGAUAAGAACGUCGACCAGCGCGGGCGACCAGAGGAACAUGGCCGGCGGUGCUGUCACGUCUUCGGCCACGGCGUCGGCCACGGCGUCGUCGUCGUGGAGCAGGAGGGACUCGGUUGAGGCGACGGGGCCGGCGCGGCGGAGACGCAGCCGCGAGCGCGGUCGCGAGCGCGGCCGCGCCGCCCCGCGGAGGAAGCGGCGCAGCGCCACGGCGGAGGGGGCCCCGCGGCACGCCGAGGACGACGAAGCGGCACGGCCCGUCGGCCGAGAGGUUCGGAGCCUGGACAGCGACUUGGACAAGGCGGGUGGCGCGGCCUCGCGGUAG